AACACCGCAAAGGCAGACGUUGCCAGGCUAGGCGAGGAAAAACCUUGAGAAAUGGAUCGAAAUGAGGUCUGAAAAAGAUCAAAUGACGGCCGCCAAGGACAAAGGUGUCGUGGAGAUCAAGUUCAGGGACAACUCGGGGGAGCUGGACAACAUUCCCAAGCAGAAAGAAGAGAAAAAGGAGGUUUUUACGAAGGUGGUCAUUCGAAGGCUCCCACCUCACCUGUCCAAGGAGCAGCUAGAAGAACAACUCAGCCCGCUGCCGUCCUACGACUACUUUGAGUUCUUCCCGGCCGAUCAGAGUCUGUACCCCCACCUGUUCUCCAGAGCCUACAUCAACUUUAAAAACCCGGAGGACAUCCUUCUAUUUCGAGACAGAUUCGAUGGCUAUGUCUUCAUCGACAACAAAGGCCAGGAGUUCCCUGCUGUGGUCGAGUUUGCCCCCUUCCAGAAGAUCUCGAAGAAGAAGCUCAAGAAGAAAGAUGCUAAAGCUGGAAGUAUUGAGGAAGACCCAGAAUACAAGCGCUUCUUGGAGAACUACUCCUGUGAUGAGGAGAAGUCCAUGGCCAACCCCGAGACCCUGUUGGGGGAGAUCGAAGCCAAAACCAAAGAACUUAUAGCCAAAAGGACAACACCCCUGCUCGAGUACAUCAAAAACAAGAAAAUGGAGAAACAGAGAAUACGAGAGGAGAAGCGAGAGGAGCGCCGUCGACGGGAAUUUGAGAAGAAGCGCCAACGGGAGGAGGAGAAGCGCAAGCGGCGUGAGGAGGAGAGGCGCAAACGCAAAGAGGCGGAGAAACAGAAGAAACUGUCGGACAAAGACAUCAAAAUUAAGCUCCUGAAGAAGAGUGACCGGGAUGACGAUGCCGACUCGGACCGCAUGAAGGACAAGAGCGAUGAGACAGACAGAGGAAAAUGGGACAAAUCAAAUGGACAGAUGAAGUUAAAGGACCCCAAGGAAAAAAGUCAGGCUGAGAGUGACAAGGAGCAGCAGCAGCAGCAGCAGCAGUGCCGCCGGCAGCGAGACAAGGAUCACCGCGGUAAAGACGAGGAGAGGAAACGCCAACGGCACCACUACGACUUUGACAAGUUCCCGCGGCGCAAAGACGAGACCAAGUGGGGCAAGGGCUACUGUCAGGACCGCGCCAAGAAGGAGGGCCAUCACCACAUCUACACCUUCUGCCCCGAUGGUGGCGACAAGCAGAUGAAAGAGGACAGGGACGAUCCGGGAAACAGGAAGGAGCGCCUCCGAAACAAGGUGAGCCAGAAGGACCGUCCGGCCAUGCAGCUGUACCAGCCCGGCGCCCGCAAUCGCAAGCGCGUCAACUCGGUGGGCAAAGGGUAUGACUGUCUGCCGCCUGAGCCUGAAGUGGAGCGCUGUUUUGAGGUGGUGGCCAUGGCAUCGGUGCUGGAUAAAAGCUACAACAGUAAAGAGGAGCACGAGCACUCCGGGUGUUUGUAAGAACUCUGACCAUCACCCUUAUAAAUACAACAGCGUAGUAUUUGUUACACCUGUUUUUGUUCAAGUACUACAGUAGAGCUUGUUUUUAUCCAACUGUGACUAUUUUCAUACGUAAGCUUUCCACAUGUGUCAACUUUACGCAUGCAAAUAUCAACUAAGCCAGCCAGUUUGUACUGUAUAUUCAUAUGCUAGUUUCCUAAGGGGCUCCAUUUUGUGUGUAUGUGUGUUUAAUCCAGAGCAAAGCUUUAUAUAUUUUCAUUCGAGGAACGUUUCUAUGAGGAACUCCCUAGAAAAUAAACAAUUUGAUGCAAAUGUAAAAAUAAUAAUUCUAAUUUCGUAGGCCCAUUCUUCCUGUUAUUGUCAGCCUAUGUGAAAGCUAAGCUAAUGCUAAAGCCGUUGUUUUCCAAGCCUUACGUAUCUUAUUUUGCACAUGAAUUGGCUGCGUUGUACGACAAUAAACACAUUAUGCUUAUGCACUAUCUGGCCUCCAUCCAUCCACAUACUUCUCAGAUAUUCAGGCGUAAGCAGGGCUAUUCAGGCUAUUGGUUCUGUAAUGUGGGAGCCUGCGAAUGCCUGUGUAUGCACACUCUUAGGGGCUCCUGGCAGAGGUAUGUAACUAUCACACUUUGGGCUCCAUGGGGGUCAUUUGCCGUGGAGAAUAAUCACCCUGGUUGCCCUCCAAGGGAGCAUUGACGUCUCACACCUUGGGCAUCACUCUUACGCUGGAUUGGUGGUUUUGCCCACACUGGUCCCACGGCUAUUGGUCAAAUGAGUAGGGAGUGGCUUGUUUUAUAUGCAUAUUUCAAACUUAUUAUCAUUUUAAUUUAUGUCAUAUAUGAUUUAAUGUACUUCUGAUUUAUUUACAUUAUAUGAAAUAUAUUGUGAUUGGCGUUGAUGGGGAUGUCAUGCAACUUCAUGUCAAAAAAUCCAAACUGUCCCUUUAAAUUCAGUUGUCAUUUGCAAUUAUUUUUGCAUCCCUUUCUCCAUGUCUAACAAAUUAUUCAAUAAAUAAAAGGUGUGUGAAACGGAUUACGGAUUA